AUGCCACCAGCAGCUGUUUCUGCCGCCCCCGUGGCAGCCGCAGCCGCAGGUGCGGGCACAGCGACCCCUGCAGCUGCAGCUGCCUCGGCAGCGGCAGCGGCGCCACCUGCGGCGGCGGCCCCGGGCUCGGCGGCCCCCGACGACGCUGACUCGUGCCUGCUGCCCGGCUACAGCCUGGGCCGCGUGGUGGGUGAGGGCGGGUUCUGCCAGGUGCGGCUGGGCGUCCACCACCUGUCGCGGCGCCGCGUAGCGGUCAAAGUCAUUGACCGGUCAAAGCUCGCAGACGCCGGCGAGGCGAAGCGCGUGCAGCGGGAGAUACGCGUGCUCAAGCGGCUGGGGUCCCACGAGUGCGUGAUCAAGCUGUUUGAGGUGGUGGACGCGGGGGGCCGGCUGCACCUGGUGAUGGAGUACGCGCCGGCCGGCAGCCUGCUGGACUAUGUGAGGGCGCGCAAGCGGCUGGGGGAGGCGGAGGCGGCGUACUUCCUGCAGCAGAUCGUGGCGGGCCUGGUGUACUGCCACGACAACGAGGUGGUGCACCGUGAUGUGAAGCUGGAGAACAUCCUGCUGGGCGCCUCCAACGACAUCAAGGUCAUCGACUUCGGCCUGGCCGCCUUCUACGCACCCGGCAAGAAGCUGCGCGUGCACUGCGGCUCCCCCAGCUACGCGGCGCCGGAGAUUGUGGCGCGGCGCCAGUACGAGGGGCCCCCCGUGGACGUGUGGAGCCUCGGGGUGGUGCUGUUUGCCACGCUGGCCGGCUUCCUGCCGUUCCACUCGCCGACAGGCAACAAGCAGGCGAGCUGA